UAUAUAUUACUUUAGUAUAUAUUUUAACUGUACAUUUUUGUCAAACAUUUUUAAAAAACUUUGUUUUUAAUGGUUAAAUGCGCAAUUUUUAUUAAAACCGUUGGAUUCGUCACUACUUUAUCUAAUUUACCCCUUAUAAGCUCAUAUUUAUACCAUGGAAGGAUCGUUAAACCUAACACAUUUUUUCCAAAUCCAUUAAAUAACAUUGUAGAUGACGGAAGGCUCCGAAAACACAUUUUUGAAAAAAAUUUUGAUCAGAUUUCUGGAGAUUCCAAAGAUGACACACCCACCCCUGAUGAUAACAAUGUUCUAAUAGAUAAUACAGCCAAUACAAGUAAUAAAAUAAUACCAGCUGAUGAGGAGAUAGUUAAGAGGCUGGCAGAGCGUCACAGGGAUGAAAUUAGUAGAUAUUUGCACCCAUUGGAGUCUGGAUUGGCCAAACAAAUCCCUGAUUCUGAACUUGAAACAUCUUUUGGGAAGCCAAUGACUCCUGAAAACUUAUCUAAAAGGGACAGGGAAUCUAUGAAACCUCAUCCUUACAAUAUGCCUAUCAUUCCACCUACCACUAAAAUACCUUAUUUUGUUAAUCUUGAUUAUUACCCUUCAAAUUCUCCUACCAAUACCACUGCCGAUAGAACUGCUACCCUUGAUACUAAUAGUAUCACUAAUGAUACUACUACUGAUAGUGCCAAUAAUUCUAAUACUGUGGAUAGCACCAGUACCAAUGUGCCUAAUACUGUUCCCAGUUCAACUAUUACCACUGUCGAGCAAACUAAAGUUAACGAUGUUAAAAUAGAGAAGAAUAUUUUAAGUACGGGUUUACCAAUUAAUAUGGAAUCCAAGGAUCCUUUGAGGGAGCUGAUUGACAGGAAUGAAGACUACCCUGAUUUGGGAGAGGAGUAUGGGCCUAAGUGGUAUUUGAACGAGAAUGAUGUGAUUGGGGAUUUGAGUGAGGUAGAGCUUGAGGACGGUUGGUCCAUUCUUCCAUGCAGAAAGGUUUACAAGCACAUCUUACAACCUAGUGGGCUGGUUGGGAAGGAUAGAGCAAGGCCUGGUGAUGAGACCUGCGUGACUUUCAAGUUUAGUCUUAUGGAUGCUCUUACCAACAAGAAGAUUGUUGACAAUGAGGACGUAGGCGGGCCCAUGGUAACGACAUACAUGAAUGAACUGGGGCCGGUUUUUGUCAAAUGCCUAAAGGCUAUGGAUACUGGCGAACAGGCUGAAUUUAUUUUCCACGUUUCCGAGUAUAACCCGGACAACAUGAUAAUAGAGGAGCUUCAAGAUGUCUCUUGGCUUAGGCUCUGGAUAAACUUAUGGGAGUCACAUAACCCUAACGAACGUUGGUGGGGACUUGGCCCUGAUGACGCUCAUCUUUACCCCGAAAAACCGGAACACAAUCUACCCAAAAUGAAACAACUUGAAAUCGAAACUGAUGAAAUCGCUUCACAAAUUGAGACUGAGAUGUGUACUAAUCCUGCAUCACCUCUUUGGAAUGACAUUCUUGACAAGAUGACUUCAAGCCAGAAGGAGUCAUACGUUAAGCACUUUGACAGGCAAUUGGAGAACAUUAAUAAGAUGAAGCACUCUGAAUUCACUGGUUCAAGAUCAUUUAGAGAGAAGAUCAAAAGCACUGGUCAAUUUAAGGGUUAUGACCUAGGGCAUCAAGUUGGAGGAAUUUCAAAGUUCUUCGCCUGGCGUGAAACCCCCUUCAUGAUGUACAUCGCAAUACCAGUUAUUCCAGGAGUACGCGCAGAACAUGUUAAUUUGGAUUUGAGCUACGAUCAUCUGGUCCUAAAAAUAGCAAAUAACACCAUUAUUGACGAUUAUUUGAAUGGCACUGUUGACUUGGAGAUGACUGGACACUGGGCCAUGAGUGACUCUGCACUGAACUUUGAGCCUUUAGACCACCAUGACGAGCGCAUCAAAACCCCAACCCUAGAGUUAUCGAAAAAUGAUGAGUACGACUUAGUCUCGGCAAAACCCUCGGUCCUAAUAUUCCUCAAAAAGACAGGAACAUCAACUGCCAUCUGGGGAGCUCCAUUCGUUAAUAUUUAACUCACUAACUCUUAUCGCACAUA